CUGCAGCGCCCGGGCUGCGGUGUCCCCUCGAAGCGCCGCCUCAGUCCCACGUCGACUAGCAGCUGUGCCCGCCUCGCAGCCCCACGCCCGCCUGUAGCCUUUGCCCAGUUCCUGGGAGCCAGCUGCCCCUGACCCUGCCGAGACAGCCGGCCACGAAAACGGCCCUGCCCGGUGACCACGAACCUACCCCACUCAGGGGCGCCCAGGUGCCCCGCAGACUAGCGGCGGGUGGGCAGAAGCCUGCUUAGCUGCUUCCCGAGUGACCCAGAGAUGUGGGACACUCCAUCCCAUCACUGAGAUGGGACUAAUUCCCCUCAUCCAGUUGGUGGGGAUUACGUUAGAAGUCAAUGUUAGUUUUCUUUCUUUUCUUCUCAGAAGAGGGUUGGGCUUUGGAGGGAAGGUAAUUAGGAUAUCACUAGGUUAUUCAUUCAUUCAACAAACCUUUAUUGCUGCUUGACUAGCCAGUCCUUCUGCUGAGUAGCCAUAACCGUUUAGAUUUUUUUUUUUUUUUACCUUAAGUUUCCUCUUCUGAGGAGAAACAAACACGGGAAGGGGAGCAGGGGUCACUCCCAGACAGCCCACUCCUUCCAACAUUGACAAAUGGACAGCCCAGUGAGCUUCUUUCCUGCUCCCAGUCCCAGAGUUGGAGAGACCCCAGGAUGAGGUCAAAGGCUCCUUCUCUGAAUUACAGUGGCUGUGUCCUUUUCCCGUCCAUUCUGACACCUGGUGCUUUUCCCCAGCGUCCUUGCUGUUCUCUCCAGUAUCUAUUCCAGCUUGCACCCCGAGGGAGAGGUCAGACGCUGGGCAGUGACUGAGACCUUUCUUCUCUGGAGAGCACUGACCUGGGAAGUCAGUCCAAUGGACUGAGUCUGCCUUUUGUAGCCCGCAUGAGACUUUCCUCUGGCCCCCACCCACUCAACUCCAACAUAGGUCUGGUGAUUGUUGGGAAGAUAAUCAGUCUCUAUUAUCUGUCCUGAAGUUCAGCACCUGUCAGGUCAGGAGUGUGUCUUCUUUGGCUUCUACAUGGGACACUCUACCUUCCUGGGGAUUUUCCCUUUCCUCUUGUGUCUUUCGGGUGCCUGGUGCCGAGACAGUUGCAUAUUAGGAGGAUGUGUGUGUGUGUGUGUGUGUGUGUAUGUGUGUGAAUUGCCAUAGUGAGGAGGAGUGUUGUUGGCGGUCCUGGGUGGAAAGCAGCUCAGUUCAAAGAGAAAAGUUCAGCUUUUCAGAGUGCGGUCAGAAAAUCCCCUCACCUCGAUUCUAAACAGUUCUGGGACUUCAGUCCUAUGGUUGUGGGAGGGGCUUCCUGGUGGAGGAACAAGUGUAACUUGUCCUGACUUCCCUAGAAAGGGUGAGUCCCUCAUCAACUAAAACCCAGGAUGGUAAUCCCUUUCCAGGGCACUGGGGAUUACAUGAUGGAUGCUAGUUUUCUGUCAGGCUUUUCUCUUCUUUUGAUAACCCCUUUUGAAAACGAGGAGGGAGAAAGCAGUUUUUCGAUAGAUUUCUUGCUCCUCAGUCAAAAAGUCUAGUUAUGUUUUUUUGUCAAGGAUUUUUGAUUUUUCGCUGUCCCUUUGGUCUCCUGAUAAAGCAAAAGGAAGCAGGCUUAAAAUGCUGCCCGAAGGAUUUAGAAAAGGGCAUGAUUUCCUGAGGUUCAGGAAUGAUCAGCGAGAAGAUUCUGGAUCUCAGAGCCCUUUGCAAACCUCUGUGGGUUUUUUGCUGUGUUGCUUAGUGGCAGUGGAAGGCAGGAACCCAGACCUGGAGCUUUCAUAAUCACCACCUUCAGCAGAUCCUGUUAAUUUUAAAUAGCCUCUGAAUUACUUCAUGCGUCAGUUUCCCCACCUGUAUCAGGAAGUUGCUUGUUCCUCAAAUAGGCAGUAAGGAUUAUUCAACAAGUCUGUGCAGGUGGUAUGUAGGUAAAGGUGUGGCAAAGUCUCUGAGUUCUGGUUCAUGCUUCUCGCCAAUUAUAACAUUUGUAAUAUCCUUAUUUACUGGGAUUGGGAUUUCCCCAGGAAUCAUGGCCUCGAAAGCCCAGCUGACAGCUCUUAGCAGCAAGGCAGCCACCUCUCCUACCCCAGAACCCCACUCUCUCCCAGAAGGGUGCUUGUUCUCUGCAGGAGUGGCUGACACUGACACCGAACCCCUCGGCCGGCCUCCAGCCUCUUUCUUCUUUGAGGCAACUUCCUGACAAAAAGUUCUUCCUUCGUAUCGUGUGCAUUUCCGUGUUCAAGGGUGUCUGUGAGAAGCCUAGAUGUUUUACUGCUAGUUUUUCCCUCUUCCUUGUUCUUCGGAUCCAGCCGUGGGCCAGCAGCUCAGCCUGUUGGCCUGACCCCACAGGGAGACAGGCUAAGCAGGAAUGGGGUGGAGUGGAGAGCACCCGGAUGCUUUCCACUGCCACUAAAUGACCUUCAGGCUGCUGAUGCAACCAGUCCCCUACUUUAGGCUGGGGACAAUUUCCUGAGUCAGUGGUUCCUAUUUGGAAAGAGGGAAUUUGCUGGAGCCCUGGAAUAGUCCUAGUGAGAGAACUCUCUGCCUUUGCAUAGGACAUGUUGUAGGGGGUUAUUCCAGAAAUAGCAAGAAUUCCCAACUCAGGGGUGGACUUUGUUCUCUACUUCAUCAUCAGGAGAGGAGGCUGUGGUCCAUAUUGGUUUCUAGGACUCCCUCUCCUGCUAGAAGAAUUCAUCAAUAGAUCAUUAUCAGGCCAAGUCUGCCUUGAUCAGGGAAUGCUUGGUUCUGUGAUCUCAUUUGAGGUCCUGAAGUCCUUGAAGUUCGUAGCAGGUAACCUUGUAGGAGCUUUCCGCUGCUGUUGACCAUGUGGAGAAGUGAAAGGUGAGCAACCAAAGCUAUGGAGAUGUAAGAUCCCUGUCCUGAGACUGGCGAGGUUCCAGGAUCCACAGUCUGAUGCUAUCAGGCGUUCCUCAGGGCGGUGAGGUUGUAAAUAAACUCGCUGUGAAGUCUGCAGUCCAGAGUUACAAGCCCUCAGCCCAGAAGCAGCUGGUCCUUGGAGGUGUUUGCUCAUGACCUUUUCUUUCACCACACCCUGGGGCUUUUGGGAGGAGCCUGGAGCUGCGUUGCAGUGCCAGGAUGCUGCCGCUCUCAUGCCCACGUUCAGCUGCCUCCUGGGUCGCGUGACAUCUUUCUUGUUCAACCACGGGGUGCACAGGAUGGGAACUGUUCUCCCCUCUUUGGAAGCUAGCGUGUGGCUCAUCUUUAGAGAGUUGUGGCUGGAGACCAAAGCAGUGGCCUCUCUGUAGCCAGCCUGUGCUGGGGGAAAGGGGAGCCCACUCCAUGUCCUGAAGGCCCGGGGAGAUGGAAGGACGAGCGGUCGGCCGAGCACUAAGGCGCUUCCGAAAUCGACUGCCUCGACUCCGACACCGAGCAGGAUCUCCCCGGGACAAUCUAGGGGAAGCUGUAAACGAACCAGAAAGGACUCAAGAGAACUCUCUGCCCAGCUUUGCUGGGGGGCAGCAUUUCUUUGAAUAUCUUCUGGUGGUUUCUCUUAAAAAAAAGCGCUCAGGAGACGACUAUGAACCCACCAUCACCUACCAGUUUCCCAAGCGGGAGAAUCUGCUUCGAGGGCAGCAGGAGGAGGAGGAGCGGCUUCUCAAAGCCAUCCCCUUGUUCUGCUUCCCAGAUGGGAAUGAGUGGGCACCACUCACCGAAUAUCCCAGGGAGACUUUCUCCUUUGUCCUGACCAAUGUGGACGGCAGCAGGAAGAUUGGAUACUGCAGGCGCCUCUUGCCCGCCGGCCCCGGCCCUCGACUUCCCAAAGUGUACUGCAUCAUCAGCUGCAUUGGCUGCUUCGGCUUGUUCUCCAAGAUCCUGGAUGAAGUAGAAAAGAGGCAUCAGAUCUCCAUGGCUGUCAUCUACCCAUUCAUGCAGGGCCUCCGAGAGGCAGCCUUCCCUGCACCUGGAAAAACUGUCACCCUCAAGAGCUUCAUCCCUGACUCUGGCACAGAGUACAUCUCACUGACCCGGCCCCUGGACUCCCACCUCGAACACGUGGAUUUUAGUUCCCUGUUGCACUGUCUUCGUUUUGAACAGAUUAUUCAGAUCUUUGCCUCUGCAGUGUUGGAGAGAAAGAUCAUCUUCCUGGCAGAAGGUCUCAGUACCUUGUCUCAGUGCAUCCAUGCUGCUGCUGCGCUGCUGUACCCCUUCAGCUGGGCACACACCUACAUCCCUGUUGUGCCCGAGAGCCUUCUGGCCACCGUCUGCUGCCCCACUCCCUUCAUGGUUGGAGUACAAAUGCGCUUUCAGCAGGAAGUUAUGGACAGCCCCAUGGAAGAGGUCUUGCUGGUGAAUCUUUGUGAAGGAACCUUCUUAUUAUCGGUUGGAGAUGAAAAAGAUAUCCUGCCACCAAAGCUUCAAGAGGACAUCUUAGUCUCUCUUGAUCAGGGGAUCAGUGACUUGACUUCAGAACAAAUCAACGAACAUGUUUCAGGCCCUUUUGUGAAGUUCUUUGUCAAGACUGUGGGUCACUAUGCUUCCUAUAUCAAACGGGAGGCAAACGGGCAAGGCCAUUUCCAAGAACGGUCCUUCUGUAAGGCUGUGUCCUCUAAGACCAACCGUCGAUUUGUGAAGAAGUUUGUGAAGACACAGCUCUUCUCCCUUUUCAUCCAGGAAGCUGAGAAGAGCAAGAAUCCUCCUGCAGGCUAUUUCCAACAAAAAAUACUUGAAUAUGAAGAACAGAAGAAACAGAAGAAAUCAAGGGAAAAGACUGUGAAAUAAGAGCGUGGUGAACAGGAAUGACUUGACUUACAAGCCAGUUCUGGACUUUGGCCCCUGCCAGAGUGGUGGGAUCAGCAAAGCUCAGCUCCCAGAACCCAUGGCCUUCUCCAGAGUCCUGGUGUCCAGGUCUUGCUUCAUACUGGUAUCUGAGUUUGGGAUCACAGGUGUGAGCUUCCUUGGGACUUUUUGGGGGCUCAGACCCCAAGCUCACAGAACUGGACUCAAAGCUGCCUUUUUUGCAGAGGUGACACAGAGUGGGAAACUGUAGUACAAGUGUUGUAGGUGCUUGGUUACAAGUUACUGCAACUGAUGUCUCCUGGGAACCACCACUACAAAAUCCUCUGCAGAGCUGAAAGAAGUUGUGGCCCAAAGGCUCAGCUCCUCCACAUAAAAACAGAGGUCUAUGGACAUAUGAGGAUAAUAAAGGCGAGAAUCUCAUUGUUUA